AUGUCCGGCGUGGUGCGCACCCUGAGCCGCUGCCUGCUGCCGGCCGAGGCCACGGGCCGCGCUGGGGAGCAGCCGCGGCGGGAGGGCAAGGAGCGGAGCCGCGAUGCGGAGCGGGAGGCGCGGCGGCGGAGCCGGGAGAUCGACGCGAUGCUGGCCCGGGAGAGGCGGGCCGUGCGCCGCCUGGUCAAGAUCCUGCUGCUGGGCGCCGGCGAGAGCGGCAAGUCCACCUUCCUCAAGCAGAUGCGGAUCAUCCACGGCCGCGAGUUCGACCAGAAGGCGCUGCUGGAGUUCCGGGCCACCAUCUACGAGAACAUCCUCAAGGGCUGCAGGGUUCUGGUUGAUGCACGGGACAAACUGGGGAUCCCUUGGCAGUACACCGAGAAUGAGAAGCAUGGAAUGUUUUUGAUGGCUUUUGAAAAUAAAGCUGGAAUGCCCAUAGAGCCUGCCACCUUCCAGCUGUAUGUACCAGCACUGGGCGCACUCUGGAGGGAUUCAGGAAUCAAGGAAGCCUUCAGCCGUCGGAGCGAGUAUCAGCUGGGUGAAUCGGUGAAGUACUUCCUGGAUAACCUGGAUCGGAUUGGUCAGCUGAAUUAUUUCCCCAGCAAACAAGAUAUUUUGCUGGCUAGAAAAGCCACCAAGGGGAUAGUAGAGCAUGAUUUCAUCAUUAAAAAAAUACCUUUCAAGAUGGUGGAUGUAGGUGGACAGAGAUCUCAGCGUCAAAAGUGGUUCCAGUGCUUUGAUGGAAUAACUUCAAUUUUGUUUAUGGUCUCCUCCAGUGAAUACGAUCAGGUUCUCAUGGAAGACAGGCGCACAAAUAGACUCGUGGAGUCCAUGAAUAUCUUUGAGACAAUAGUCAAUAACAAGCUUUUCUUUAACGUUUCUAUUAUCCUAUUCCUCAACAAGAUGGAUCUUCUUGUAGAGAAGGUAAAGACUGUCAGCAUUAAGAAGUAUUUCUCGGACUUCAAAGGCGACCCUCACAGGCUAGAAGAUGUUCAACGUUAUCUGGUGCAGUGCUUUGACAGAAAGAGGAGAAACCGUAGUAAGCCGCUCUUCCAUCACUUCACCACUGCCAUAGACACUGAAAACAUCCGCUUUGUGUUUCAUGCUGUGAAGGACACGAUCCUUCAAGAGAAUCUGAAGGAUAUUAUGUUGCAGUGAAGGAGAGCAGCCCAUGUUCUAUUAAAAUUUGCCGGAGGGUUAGAUCAAAGUUUUUAUCCUUUCUUUAUGGCCCUUGCAUGUGGCAUAGGACCCAUGCUAAUUACUUGGCUCAGGAAUGCUGUAAACUAGCCAGUCCAAACAGAGGAGCUAUAGGCCGAAGGAGUCAAAUGUUGAUGUUAGCUACUGAAUCAUUUGGACUAGAAACACUACUGAAACGUGGCCGUUGUAGGUUCUGUACCUAGUUUGGAAUGCUGAAUAACACAACCACCUUCUGCCUUCUUAGAAAAAAGAAAUUGCUGACAAACCAUUUAUAGAAGACACGUUUUAAAUUAAUAUGCUCAUUUUUCAGAAACACUAGUUGUACAAACUGCCUUUUUUUGUAGUUUGGAGGUGCUGAAUCAAUCAAACUAAUCUAAACAUAAUGAGAUGGGUAGCUGUAUUGGAGAAGGUUAAUGGAAGUUCCAUUCUUGACCCUUAGGAACAUAACCAGAUCUUGUGUGCAUGUUCAGCUUUGCCAAGGGUCUGGAAUCCACUUAUCAAGGUGGAUGCACAGCUCUUGUCUGAAGGUCUUGCAUAAGUCUCCUGAGGCAAAAACUGUAUAAGGAAAUCUGUGUUGGAGUAAAUUGGAUGGGAAGCUAAGGCCUCGCUGAUACGGAGAAGGGUUUAUUUUGCACUAUGUGUAAAGGAUAUUACAUCAUGGGGAAAUUGAUUCCCUUGGUGAAGCAUCCUGUGCUAGAGCACCUGACCAUGUACCUGCACGGUGGGUGCUUGAGUGAGAUGUACUUCACGGAAAUUCAGCACUGUUCUCACACCCGCCAGUUGGCAGUAGUUAUGAAGGUUCAGUAUCUCAUGUGACAGGGCUUUAUCUAUAUUCAAAAGUUUGAAAGCUGAUUAAACUCUUAAGCAAAGGUUUUGGUAGUACAGCAGCUGCUUGAUUAGUUCCCAACAGCUGACCUUAUAGGAAGACUGAACACCCUAGAGAUCCCAGUUUUACAGCUGCACUGAUGUAUUUGGACAGCAAGACCUUGCUGUAAAAUUAGCCUUUAAUCUCUGUCUUAAUGGGAUCUUUAGCCUAUAGUAAUGCACAUGUAAUUCUGAGUACAGUCAAGUUUGGAGUUGCCCUUUUUGGGCAAUGAUUUGUGUGUAAAAUUGCAAGAGGCUAUGAAUAAUGUUGGUAUGAACUGUUAAUUUCUUAGCUCUCUCAAUCUGUGUAACUAUCAGGUGCCUUUUUUGUGUACAGACAUAUCGGAUCUUUUCUACUACAGUGGGGUACAUGGAUAAAUUGAAGAUCUGCCUUUUGUAUCAGCAUUGUAGUGCUAUCCUUUAGGUAAUUUUCAAACAUAGUUUACUGUGCAAUUUUUGUCAUAGUUUUUAUCCAAGAAUAAAACCUGAAGGGCUGUUUGUACCCAUAAAAAGUCAGCAGAUUCCCUGGAGUUCUUAUCCCCUUUGAGCCUGUAAUGGCAUCUCAAAACAAGCAAUGUUUUACUUCAGCUGGUAAACCCAUGGGAAAUGUGGUCAG